AUGGAUCACUCGUUGAUUGACUUGGUUGCUCAUCUGCAGAAAGUUUCAGAAAGUGAGAGUGUUCAAGAGGUGGGAGGUCGUGGAGACGAAGAGUUCUCCCCUUGGCCAUCGUCGUUCCCUUUUGCUGGUGUCUUAACCAAGCAAGGUAGUGUAGUUCCUUGUGUUAAAGGCAUGUUUGGGUCCUCUUCUCACACUCUUUCAUCUAUGUCUGCUAUGUUUAGAGGUUCUGACGAGGCAAAGGUCAACUCGUCUCAAAAGGAAGUCCUCGUCGACCUGAAAGGGUUAUCAAGGGGUGAAAAUUCCCUAGCCAUUUUUAGAUCAAGGACAACUCCUUCUCGGUCACUUGAGAUGCCACCUGCCAUGGAGGCUACUGAAGAGGUAAAGCCUGAGGAGGUGGUCCCUAAAAAGAAUAGGAAGAUAGUUAAGACGAAGAAGAGAGUUAUAUCCUCAGGUAAAGCUCCCUCUUUAUUUGACGCUGGUCCUUCAAAUUGUAAUCAAGAUGCCCAAGACUCGCCUGCGACCUUGAUUCGCAAUCGAGUUGAUGAGAGCUGA